AUGUCGACCAUAAAUCAAACUGCCCCUGCCACCUCCAGCUCUGCCAAAAUUACUGAUGAAGCUCGCCGAAAAUACAUACGCAUCACAGGACACGGGAAGAUGAAGCAAUGGAUUGCCAAUUCACUUGCCUUUCUUGAGGUGCGUUGCAUGUACAUUCAACACUUUUUAUUGAGGAAAAUCAUUCCCAUCCUCUUUCUUCAGAGCUCAGACGAAGACAAAACACUGAUAUUUCAUACCCUACCUUCAGAAAUAGACCCCCAAAUCACUCUUCGAGAAGAAUCUGGCAAACGUAUAACCCAGAAAGCCGCUUCCACUUCAACAGACCUUAUUCCUCGCUUGAUCUCAGUUGUUGAAAUCAUAAAACGCGAAUACGUGAAAAAUUUGGAAACGAAGCACUCGAUACGCAUGGCUGGACUACAUCAAUACAACGAAAUCGGAUGCUUGCAGAAGCUAGGAGUUUUGGUUACCCCAGCAGAAGGUGCAAUCGAGGAAACUGCUGAAGUUACUAGGUCGCGAACAAUAAUCCAGGCCCUUGAAGGAAAGAAUCACCCACGUCAAACCCAAACGCCUUUCAUGCGCAUAACAUUAUCCCUUACUGAACAACCCGAGUUGAUUGAAAAUGGCGCUACAUAUCAACCUCCAAUAAAACGAAAUAUGUCUAAAUCAGCAAAAAUGCGAGCAAAGAAACGGGUGAAGAAAGCCAAAGCCGCUGCCGCUGCUGCCGAGGUCGAUAACGUCGAUAUGGCCGUCGAUUGUACGCCUCAGGAUAAAGAUGCAGGCCAAUGA